UUAUCAACAAAGCAAGCUUUCUAAACUCGAAGCGUUCAGCAGCGCGGUUUCACGAGAGUCCACAACUAUGCGCUUGCAGUGUAAACUCACACAUACGGCAAUGAUAGCGUUCUAGUUUUGUCGCGUCGCCUGCACUUCAGACAGGCUGUUUGAAACAGCUGCUCUAGUGUGUUUAUUAAAAGCGCAGUAAUGCAGUGCGUUCAAGAGGCGCAUCUCGUCGUGUGCGCGCUGCUGCUGACGCUCAAUGUGGAUUUGGGAUUCGCGUUCGGGUCGAAUCUGGACACUGAAUUCACUUUUCUUCUACCUGCCGGAGGAACCGAUUGCUUCUUCCAAACAGCCACAAUGAACGGCAGCAUGGAAGUGGAGUAUCAGGUCAUUGCAGGCUCAGGGCUGGAUGUCGGCUUCACUCUGAUCUCCCCCCGUGGAUACAGACUGGUCUCCGACUUCAGAAAAUCUGACGGUAUCCACACGGUGGACUCCACGGAGGAGGGCGACUACAGAAUUUGCUUUGAUAACAGCUUCAGUCAUAUGUCAGAGAAGAUGGUGUAUGUGGUGGUGAUUAUGGAUACAGCAGAGGAGGAUGGGGAGGACGAUGAAGAUUGGGCUGGUCUGACAGAACCUGAGGACUCACUGGAGUACAAACUAGAGGAUAUCAGGGAGGCGAUGGAUGUCAUGCACAGGAACCUGGAGCGAAGCCGGCAGAUCCAGACGACAUUGCGGGCGUUUGAGGCUCGUGAUCGCUACCUGCUGGAGGAUAAUCUAUGGCGUGUUUCCUUUUGGUCCAGUGUCAGUUUGCUGGUGAUGCUCAGCGUGGCUCUCUCCCAGGUCUAUACAGUACGCAGAUUAUUCAGUGACAAACGCAGAGUUUGCACGUAGUGAAGAUGAGCCGGGCAGGGACCUAAAAGGGUCUUAAGGAUGCUGAAUCUACUGUUUGCACUGUUAGCAUAGGUGAAACAUGACUUGCAAGAAACUUUAUCUGUCAGGUUGUAGAUGGUUCUGAUGGUAAUAUAUAGAGAGGAUUAAUGGUAACAGCUGCUGAAGAAUUAAAUAAAAGUAUGUACUAAUGUAUACAGGAAAAUAAUCAUUAAAGGAAUAGUUCACAAAAAAAUUUAAAAAAUUGGAUCAUUUACUCACCCUCGUGCUGUUCCAAACUCGUAUACCAUUGUUAUUGGGGUUUUUUUUCCCCGUGGAGCAUUAAAGGAGAAACAUUUGAAGAGUCUUUACGUAGUUCUUGCUCUACAGCUUACAACUACUAAGCUCUGAAAAGGUUAAAAAAAAAAAGCCCAAAAAUAAAAGUAGUCCAUACAACUUAUGCGCUAUAUUUCAAGUUUAUUGUCAGCAACCAGAUUCAAAAUCCAGAUUUUGUCACUACACACUGGAGAACCAAUGUCAUUUUGGCGUCAAUGAUGUUGACGCGUCCAGAUUCAAAAUACUUGUGGACUUUGGCGGAAUUGAAGAUUAUCAGUGAAUAAAGCCUGUUUCGCACACAAAACUAUUUGUAUGGCUUCAGAAGACUUGGAAUAUAGUGUGCACCAUUAGUAUUAUGGUCUUUUUUGGAGACAGACAUGUUUAUUAUGAACUGGUGCUGUAUGGCAUGAGCCGUGUAAAGAUUCUUCAAAAAUGUCUACGGGUGUUUAUGCAGAAAAAUAGGGUUUGGCAUGACAAUUUUCAUCAGUAAACUGUUUAUUUAAGGAACUCUCAGGUCUUAGAAAAUAUGAGUAUCUAGAGAUAUCAGUGAUUUUUGAUAUCUGAUUUGUAGUUUUUUAAUGGACUAAAUUUUUUUAGAGUUCAAACACUGUUAAACACCAAAUUGACUUGAAGUAGAAACAUGAUUGUAGCUUGUUUGUCAAUGUAAUUUUUGUACAUGACUUUUAGAACAUUGUGGUUGAAAUUAUUUAUGAGACUUGAAAUAAAUAAAAUUGCAGUAAAUUAUGACUAACACAUGUCUUUUUCAUUUAUACAUAUUCAUUAUAUGGCAGUAAAAUAAAAAAUCAAUGGGAACGUUUUGCUCUGAAUGGUUUUAUUAUACAGCACAUCACCAUCUUAUUUGGGACAGUUAUAACUUUUAUAUUGCAAGCAAUGAAUUCAAACUGACCUGGAUCAUUAAAAUUGCAUUUUAAGUCAAUCGUAGACUGCAUUGAAAAAACAAAUGUCAGUAUCAUAUUGAUCUCUAUUAUCUACUCUGCCUUGAUUUCUUAUCUGUUUGUUAAAACUAGUUAAUCUGUGAGUUCAUUUUCAAUAAUAUUUCUAAUAUUCUUCAAUCACCCAUCAACAACAUACAAAUAUUCUCAUUAAAGAUAAAAUCCAAAAUAACAAGUCUACGAAAUAAUAAUAAUAAUAAACUAUUUACAACCAUAUUUAUGAAUUGGCCAUUAGUAAAAGAAGCCAUACACGUUUCAGUGGUUAUUCAUGGACAUGUUCACAAUUAACACUCCAAAAAUACUCAUCAUAUGACUUUUAUUCAAUAAAACUCAUUCCACAGUACAAAUUUGGCACCGACAUCAUCGUUAUAAAUCAUGCAACAAAAAAAAUCAGCAACCACAACAGUUUCCCGCCAAAAGAGGAAAUUUAAAAUAAAAGAUGUCAUCAGGCCAUAAGGAUGCCACGUUUUCUCUGCUGUAGCUCUAUUAAACAUGGGAGUUUCACCCCAAAUCCAAAAACACUCUAGAUCCAAGAAAUCACAAUUAUGAAUGAUUAGUUAUAUCCUUUAAACAUUAAAGCUGCAGCUUCUGGAAUCCUGCUCAAAUAGAUGCAAUAUUUACUGGUUUCUUUUCAUAUCUUGUCAUUCUUUUAAGUUUAAUGUAUACUAACAAUACACAGUUACCAUCAGAAAUGAAUUAAUGCUGCAGUCUAAUUGUCAGCCUAAAUGCUGACUUGUGCCAAAUGAAGUUGAACUAUGAACCUUAAACAUAAAACUACAAAUUGUUUUAUUUUCUCAGUAAGUCCCUUGUGAUGUGUUUCCAAGUUUGCAGUGACCAAAAUAUCACUGAAAUCCCUAUGGAGAAAGUGAAUGGGAAAACACUUGUCUCUGAAAUGUCACUUCAGUACAACAGCACUCGCUUAUAUUUCUUAUGUUUUAAUUUCAGAAUUUCACAAAAGAGCAUAAGAGUAAAGCAAAAAAAAAAAAAAAAAAAAAAAAAAGACAUUGUUGUCCUUGCAGGAAUUUCAACUUUGUUUAUUUCUCUAUUAUUAUGUAUGGGCCCUGUAGUGUUUUUCAAUUUAAAGGGAUAGUUCACUCAAAAAUGAAAAUUCUCAUCAUUUACUCACCCUCAUGCCAUCCC